AUGAUUAAAAAAAGUGCAUUAAUAACAUUAUUUUUAGUUUCACUAAUUUUGGGUGUUUCUUUAUCCCAAAAACCAUUUUAUUGCCAAGCACCAGAACCAACACCAAGUUUAAAUACAGAUGGAUUAACAUUAAAGAUGGUACAAAUUUUAACAAGACAUGGUGAUAGAACACCAUUGUAUAGUACAUUAAAACCAACAAUGAAUACAUGGGAUUGUAAUUUAGGAUGGUUAAUGGUAUCAAGUUUAAAUAAUGUACCAGGAGCAGCAACAGAUGUUGAUAGAUUAUUUAGAAAAGUUUAUAUGCCAAAUAGAGAAUAUUUCCCAGGUAAUUGUUCAGACGGUCAAUUGACCUCACUUGGAUUCCAACAACAUUUACAAUUAGGUCAAAGUUUACGUCAACUCUACGUUGAUAAAUAUGAAUUAUUACCAAGUGAAUUAUCAGUGGAUGCAGCAUCAACCAUUUGGGUUCGUUCAACCGAUGUACCAAGAACCAUUCAAUCGGUUCAAGGUCAUUUAACUGCUUUAUUCCCACCAACCACCGUUACAAGUGGUUCAGGUAUUCCAAUUAUCAAUAUCAAUACAAUGGAUAACUAUUAUGAAAAUAUGACACCAAAUCCAACUCUUUGCCCAGAGUUGGCUGUUUUGAUCGCCAAUACUACCACCACACCAGAGUGGGGGGAAUUCAUUACCAACACCACCCAAUUAAAAGAGGAUGUUAUGGAAACAUUGGGUAUCUCUGUAUUCCCAGGUUGGAGUUCAUUAAUGGAUUUAUUCUUUGCAACUCAAUGUCACGAUUUCCCAUUACCAGAGGGUGUCACUCAAGAUAUGGUCACUCAAGUCUAUGAAGCUGCCUAUUGGCAAUACCAAUAUCAACUCUCUUUCCCAAUGAUUGCUCGUCUUGGUAUGUCUACUUUCUUAGAGGAGGUAGUCGAUAAUAUUAGAGCUUUUGUUAAUGGUACUUCCUCUGUCAAAUAUAUCGUUUUCUCUGGUCAUGAUGAUUCAGUUGGUCCAUUCACUAAUUUAUUUGGUCUCAUGAAAGAAUGGCCACCUUAUGCUUCACAUGUUGAACUUGAAUUGUGGUCUGAUGAAAAAGAUAAUUAUUUCCUCCAAUUUAAAUUUAAUGGUCAAAGUUAUACAUUAAAUGGUUGUGAAGAUGUUAUGUGCCCAAUUGAUUCAUUCUUUGAAACUGCAUACUCAAUUUUAGUUCCAAAUUAUGCUGAUGCAUGUUCAAAUUCAACAAUGACAUUUUAA